AUGAGCGAGAUAUCAUCGUCGGCGGCGGCGGACGAGCGCGGGCUGGCGGGCGGCGGCAAGGGGCCGUCGACGGGGCCGGCGGCGUGGGAGACGUCCCCGGUGGAGGAGGUGCGGCUGACGGUGCCCGACGGCGACGACCCGACGCUGCCGGUGUGGACGUUCCGGAUGUGGGCCAUCGGGCUGCUGUCCUGCGCGCUCAUGAGCUUCCUCAACCAGUUCUUCUCCUACCGGACGGAGCCGCUGGUGGUGACCCAGAUCACGGUGCAGGUGGCGUCGCUGCCCGUGGGCCACUUCCUGGCCCGCGCGCUGCCCCGCCGCAAGUUCCACGUCGCCGGCCGGGAGUGGAGCCUCAACCCGGGGCCCUUCAGCAUGAAGGAGCACGUGCUCAUCUCCAUCUUCGCCAACGCCGGCUUCGCCUUCGGCAACGGCAACGCCUACUCGGUGAUGAUCGUGGACAUCAUCCGCGCCUUCUACCGCCGCUCCAUCUCCUUCCUCGCCGCAUGGAUCCUCAUCAUCACCACCCAGGUUCUUGGGUACGGGUGGGCGGGGCUGAUGCGCAAGUACGUGGUGGAGCCGGCGCACAUGUGGUGGCCCAGCACGCUCGUCCAGGUCUCGCUCUUCAGGACACUGCACGAGAAGGAGGAAUUUACCGGGGGCUCACGGCAGAUGUCCCGCUCCAAGUUCUUCCUGGUGGUGCUCAUCUGCAGCUUCGUGUGGGCCUUUGUGCCGGGCUACCUCUUCCAGUCACUCACCUCCAUCUCGUGGGUGUGCUGGGUCUUCUCCAAGUCCGUCACGGCGCAGCAGCUUGGCUCAGGCAUGAAGGGCCUGGGUCUCGGGGCUUUCACGCUCGACUGGACCGCCGUCUCCUCCUUCCUCUUCAGCCCGCUCAUCUCGCCCUUCUUCGCCACCGUCAACGUCCUCGUUGGCUACGUCUUGUUCAUUUAUGUGGUGAUGCCCACGGCGUAUUGGGGGAUGAACCUGUACAACGCCAAGACGUUCCCCAUAUUCUCCUCUCACCUCUUCGCCUCCAAUGGGUCGCCCUAUAAGAUCGCCGACAUUGUGAACCAGCAGUUCCAGCUUGACACGGAGGCGUACGACAAGCUCGGACGCAUAAACCUCAGCAUCUUUUUUGCAAUCUCAUAUGGCUUCAACUUUGCCACCAUUGCCGCAACCAUCACGCACGUCGGCUUCUUCUACGGCAAGGAGAUCUACCACCGGUUCCGAGCUUCACAGCAGGAGGAGCCUGACGUCCACACAAAGCUAAUGAGGAAGUACGAGGACAUACCAGCAUGGUGGUUCUACUCUGUGACGGCAUUGUCGAUGAUAGUGUCCCUCAUCCUCUGCACCGUCCUCAAGGACCAGGUUCAGCUCCCAUGGUGGGGCUUCCUCUUUGCCUGUGCCAUGGCCUUCACCUUCACGCUACCCGUAAGCAUCAUUUCUGCAACCACUAACCAGACGCCUGGUCUGAAUGUCAUCACUGAGUAUGUCAUGGGGCUAAUAAUGCCUGGAUACCCCAUCGCCAACGUCUGCUUCAAGGUGUACGGCUACAUCAGCAUGUCGCAGGCAAUCUCCUUCCUCGCAGACUUCAAGCUUGGACACUAUAUGAAGAUACCUCCCAAAUCAAUGUUCAUUGUUCAGUUUGUCGGUACAGUGGUGGCCGGGACUGUCAACCUCAUCGUCGGAUGGUGGCUACUUGGCUCGGUUGAGAACAUCUGCCAGGACCAACUGCUCCCACCAAACAGCCCAUGGACAUGCCCCAACGACCGUGUCUUCUUCGACGCAUCGGUCAUCUGGGGCCUUGUUGGCCCGAAUCGCAUUUUCGGGUCAAAUGGCAACUACAUAGCCCUCAACUGGUUCUUCCUCUUUGGCGCGGCAGGCCCUGUCAUCGUGUACAUCCUCCACAGGAUAUUCCCCACUCACAAGUGGAUACUACUCAUCAACAUUCCGGUGCUCACCGGCGCUACGGCCUUAAUGCCGCCAGCGUCGACCCUAAACUUCAACUCGUGGCUGCUCUACGGCAUCAUCUUCAACUUCUUUGUGUUCCGGUACCGCAAGAAGUGGUGGCAGAGGUACAACUACAUCCUCUCUGCUGGGCUCGAUGCGGGCGCCGCGUUCAUGGGGGUGCUGCUCUACUUCACGCUGACCAUGGAGAACCGGACAAUCAAGUGGUGGGGCACGGGCGGCGAGCACUGCCCUCUGGCCUCAUGCCCCACUGCUAAAGGGGUAGACCUGGGACCAGACAGUGUCUGCCCUGUGUUCUAAGCUGGAGUAAAUAUCUUUCAUGCCUCAAGGCAGAGAGCUGCAAGAUUAGUCAUUAUCCACUCCGGUUGUCUUAAUGUCAUACUAUUACAGAUUUCUAUAUAUGUGUAAAGAUCGUAGCCAAGUGCACAAAAGGCAAAAAACUAUCAGCAGCUUUGGUGCGGUAAUCAGUCAUUUGGGCAAUGCGUGCUAGACUCGUAAUGUUAUAACUUGGCACAUGUUGCAAGUUGCAACACUACCUUUUAUAGAUCUCAAUGAAUUGUCGAACUGUAACACAAACUGUUCAUCAUCAGCAUUCGAUCAGUGGUUGCAAGUCGAACACACAAUUUAAAGUCACCAUGACAGUUUGUUUC